AGCUGUUAAAAAAAUAUGGGUCUAGUAUUUUUUAAUACACUACAAAAUCAGUGAGGGACAGUUUUGACGGUUUCCUUGUCAGUGCGAUCUAAGACAGCAUUAAGUUGUCAUGAAGUAUGAUGUUAGCAGAUGGUUGUGUUGAUCGUUUAUUUCAUUCCUAGAGAAACGAACUCAAAGAGACAUCAUCACAAGCACUUACGAGCGAUCCAACAAUAGAAUCGCAAGUCUUAUUUGCAUGUCGAUCGAACGCGUGACAAGAGGAAAGAGACUUCAUGAAUCACGCGCGCGCGAGCGCGCACACGCACACACAAUGAUGUCUGUGCUGUAUCCGACAAACCAUGUCCUUGAAAUCGGACUGCGGCAUUUCCGCGCGCGAAAGUGCCUCCCCUACACACGCACACACACAUGUAACACCAGGAAGAAAAAUAACACACACAUGUAUGUAUGUGCACACGCGGGCGCGCGAGGCAACAAUAUUAGAAUGAAAAUUCUCGCCAAGUUACAUCGGGCAAAAAAGUGCGGCACUCAGGAAACGGCAGCAUGUGAUUGGUCGGCGCGGAGUGACUGGCUUGUUAUUUCGUGUGAUGUGUCAUGUGACCCUUUCCUAUUUAUGCAAACAUCACCGAUACUUGGCCUCACGGUCUCGUGGCAAAACAAUAACAAACAUCACACACGUCGUGCCGCGCACGUCAUCUCGCACAGUUCUCUCUCCAUCCGCAACAGAAUUUCGUGGUGUCACGCACGCGGCGAAGUCGCAGUCGGAUCGCGGAUCCACGCUCAAAUUCUCCAUAAAUUGUCACAAAUCUCGUCGUCGUCGGACGAACGGACGGACGGACGGACGGACGGUCGAUCGGUCGGUCGGUCGGUCGGACGGUCGGUCGAUCGGUCGGACGGACGGACAGAGUGAAUCCGCGAGGCGAGCCGACGCGACUGCGGUGGCGGAAAGUGAAACCCAAUCUUGUCGUGAUCUCCAAGUCUCGUGUGCGCUCGUGAGACGAGCGAUGUCAGCCACGGAAAAUGCCCGCUAACGAAAGCUACGGUCGCGGUGCGUGCAGUGCGUGCGAGGUGCACGCUGAGCCAAUAUGUGAUUUGGUGCCGUUGUUCUGUGAUUGAGAUUUGCGCGAAGAAGCGCCAAGGAGAGACGGUUCCUUAUUGUGAAAUCCGAAAAGGAUAGACAUUCGCACACAGAAGAGGAGAGAGAGAGAGAGAGAGAGGAAAGGAAGGAAGAGGAGCGAGAGUGACUCGUUGUCGAAUAAGACGCGCAGAACUACCGAACGAGAGAGUAUUCGGGCGCUUGUUCGUUCACGUUUCCUCCCCGGCAGCUUUGCAAAACCAUCGAUAUUCGCAGCGAAUCGAUCGAGUCACACGGACGAGUCAAAAUCAGAGUCUCGUGCCUCGUGAUUGGCAUAGAACCUCGUGCACGAUAGACGACCCGCGUGCGUUUCAUCGUCCUCUGCGUGCGUACGUACGUUUCUCUCUUUCUCUCUCCCUCUCCCACUCCCUUCUCCCCGCGAUCGAGCCGUCAGAUUCGCGGGAAUUUUCUCGCAGUAAUAAUAAACAACGCGCGCGGUGAGAUUGAUCGGGUUUUCGGGAUCAACGAUAUAUCACGGUUCAACACCAUGGAUGGCAUAGUGAAGCAGGAACCUGUCCAGGAGAUGGGUGCAGCUUCGGCAUCAGUACCGAUCCCUGGUGGACACAGAGGUACACGUGGAGUGUACGAUCAGUUCUCGCCCUCACCUCUGACGGCUACCUCUGGAUGGACCAUGAGGGCAGAACACAUGGAAUCGCCCUUUAAGAUUGAUCCAGAUCAACUGGACAUCUCGUUUAGGAUGGAUGACGAUGAUAUAUUCCAAGUGGACAAGGCCGAACUCAUCCAAGGCCCUACUCUGGCCGAAUUGAACGCCAAUGAUGAUACUCUGUUGGGAGAUUUAAAUUUUGAUGAUUUGCUGCUACCGGAAGAAAGGGUACCACCAAUCAAAGUAGAAGCAAAUGCUCCGUCAUCCACUGGCUCUCUGUUUACUAGUAGCGAUGUAGGAUUUGCACCUAGUAGUUUUCCUCAGUCUGGAUUAACUUUCCGUAGUUGCCCUACAUAUACAAAUACGUAUGGAUUUAAUUUAAAUAAAGGUUCCAAUAUUGUGGACAAUGUGGAAGCUGUUAGUCCCACUGCGUUUCCUAGUCCAGGAACUAGCAAUAUUGCAGGUAGUUCAACAGCGAGUUCUUCGACUUCCCCACAUCAUGUAGCACGGCCAGUUGGGUCAUCUACUUUACAUGAGUUACUUCUAAGAAGAUGUGAAAAUCCAUUCACUAACCCAGUAUCCAAUCAGGCAGAUAGUAUCUCUCCAGCAGGUGGACAAUCUAAGGUUUCAAGACUCUCUAUGUCUGCACCUACACAGACAAUGGCUCUAGACCAAAUCUGGGCUCACAGAGAACCACGACAGCACCUUCUGAGUACCAGUAGUCUGGUGGAGGCAGGUUCGACAAGUAGUCUGAGCACAGGAGGUGCAUUAAGUCCAGAUCCACUUGGUCAUCUUGAUCCAUUCAAUCAAGAUGAAGAUUACGAAGAUAGUGAUGAUGAUAGUGACCAUUAUGAUGACUAUAGCAGUGAUAAUGAUUCAGGUGGGAGUGAUGGUGAAGAGCAGAGUAACAACAGAAUGGAUACUGCAGAAUUAGGAAGGGAGAGUAGACACAGUAAAAAAGAGAGAUUCUUCUGGCAGUAUAAUGUACAAGCGAAGGGACCAAAGGGACAACGACUGAUCGCUAGAGCACGUUUAGAAGAUCCGCAUGUCUUAAACGAAGCAACUGAUCCGGUAUUUAGUCCACAUUGUGCUCUCAGAGGAAUUAAACAUAGCGGAAAAGCACGGAAAGGCGAUGGAAACGAUCUUACGCCGAAUCCUCGCAAGCUUCAUAAUAUUGGAAGGGAGUUGGAUAAGCUCACCCGUAUUAUAAAUGACAUGACGCCUGUUUCAGAAUUACCAUUCACAGCAAGACCGAAAACACGAAAAGAAAAAAAUAAAUUAGCCUCGCGGGCGUGUCGCUUAAAGAAAAAGGCUCAACAUGAAGCUAAUAAAAUUAAGCUGCAUGGACUUGAACAAGAGCACAAACGUCUUAUUCAGGGCAUAUCGCAGGUUAAAAACAUACUUUCUGUGAAAGCAACCGAACCUCUUAAUCCCGAAAGUCAGGAGGAGAUUACACGACAAUUAGAAAAAUGUUGCAAAGUGGCUACUAAAAUACGAAUAGCAAACCAUUCAACAGAAUUUGUGAACAGGGUGUUGGAUAAAGUUAGAGCCGGUGUUCAUGAUGGUGGACUCGAAGAUAUUUAAUUUUACAUAGAGAAACCUUUUCUUUGUAUGUCAAAGCGUGUGUAUAUAACAGAAUAAGAAAAACCGGUUUAUGUAUGAACAUAUACAUAUAAAAUAAUGCUUUAUCUGUAAAUUUAUCAUCUGAACGCUAGAAACAGACUUAUGGUUAAGUUAAUUUUAACUUAUUGGUUAAUGUAUAAUUAACCGAUAUCCUCGCGUACGUUAUUUGUAGAAGAAACGAAACCUUGAUUUAUGCAUUCAUUUAACUGGAUUAGUAUAUCGUCAGGUUUUCUUUUCUUUCUUUUUUAAUAAAAAUGUCUGCAUUUUUGUGUUUGUUACUAUACAUACAUUGGUGAAACUGUAUAUAACAAUUUUCAUACAUCACGAUAGCUUUCAGUAAUGUUUCUCUUGUACGAAUAAUAAGUAUAUUUCUUUUUUUUUAUAUAUAUAUAUAAUUUGCAGCUAACUAACGAUAUAUUAGCUGCAGAUUUGUAUUUCUUAUACUUUUUGAGAAAUUUAACACGCGAUUAUAUGUUGUCAUGAAAGUGCAAGGAAAGUAAAUGUUGCAUGUCACUUAACGAUUACAACGGACUACUAGAUGUUAUCGGUAUUUAUUAUCGAUUAAUGAUGCACAUAUUUUGAUUUUAACUAACGAUAAAAGAGUAUAUCAACGAAGCUUUCUCUCCGAGAACGAUUAAAAGAACAUGCUAUGCGCAAGUGUCGAGUGAAUGCGAUUAUAUUGCAUUUUUCUCUUUCGUAAUUGUUUAUCACGUACACUCAUGAUUUUAACAAAGAUCAAGGUUUCGAAAUUACUGAUUACAUGCGAUAAUAUUGACCCACAUUAAUGUUUCUUUUUCUUUUUAAUAUUUCGACGACGAUGUAAUUUUAAGCGUAGUAAUAAAAACAAAAAUCUAGAAAUGUGCAUAGCUGCACCUAGAAACGAGCUUUGAAUUAUAUAGUUGUUUGCUGUUUGCUGACUCAAUCUACCUCAGAACGAAACGCUGUACCUACUUUUAUUAUAUUUGUAUAUAUAUAUGCAUGUAUAUAUAUAUGUAUGUAUAUAUAUGUGUGUAUAUGUAUGUGUAUAUGUAUAUAAAUAUAUGUGUGUAUAUUUGAAUUAAGUAAUAAAUGGAAAGAUUAUGAACGUGG